AAAGGCCGGAUAUCAAGACCAAGAAGGUUAUGAGAAUUUCAAAGAGUUAUUGGAGGCGCCAAAGACAGAUUCUGAGGAACUUUUGGCGGAUAGAUUCCCCGUCCCUCGUUAUAUUGUUUGUGAUCAACAUGGAUCUCAAGCUCGUUUCCUGCUUUCAAAACUUAAUCCUUCUACCACGCACGUCUCUGGAAGCUUGUAUGGUGCACCACAAGGUCAAGCUAUUUUCACCGAUGACGUUAGUUUGCAAGUAUUCAUGGAACAUUUGAAGAA